AAUUCUGGUGGCAUUGGUAUACAAGUUCAAAACAAAAUCAAAAAAAUCUCAUGUGUCUGCUUAACACUAAUUAUAUAUUAAUGGAAGAUGAUUACAAUUAAUCUCAAGUGGCCUGUGAUAUUAGUUUGGUGAUUAUAUAUAAUGGUCAGACCCAACAAAAAGUAAUAUAUUUUGGGAGAAAGAUUGUGCCAUAAUCAAUGAAUAGAAGAAGUCUGUCUUUCAUCAUAUGCCAUAGCUGCCUGGACAACAUGCUUUACCUCCAAUUUGUCUCCUACACAGAGUUCAAAUUUUAGUCAACAAUCAAAUUUAAUUAUUUCAAACAUAUGAUUAGCAAAUCAUUAGCAAAGUUGCAAACAAGCCAGUUCUUUUCCAUAUGUUUUUAUGUAAGAAGUUAUUUGCAGAAGAGUCCCCCAAGUACUAAUAAUGAACAACAUGGUCCUUCAACUUUAAACUUAACAUGGACUUGAGAUGACUUAUCAACAAUUUUGUUUCUGUCCAUAGUAUUGGCACCUAAUUAUGCAUUAAUUUUUUUUAGAAGGAAAAUGAUUGAUGUACAGUUCUUCUAUAAAUAGCAGUCACUGUCUUGUGUUUGUAUAGACUUCAAAACUGUAAGUGCAAGAGUAAGAAGAGAGAAAAGGGAGAAUCUUAAGAAUGGGGAAACAUAUGUUCUUUUCGGAUAAAAUGAAGCUUCUCAUAGCAUUGCUUACUUUGCAGUGUUGCUAUGCAGGGUUUCACAUUGUCUCUCGAGUUGCACUUAACAUUGGUGUUAGCAAAGUUGUUUAUCCAAUCUAUAGGAACAUCAUUGCAUUGCUCUUGCUAGGCCCUUUCGCUUAUUUCUAUGAGAAGGAUCAAAGGCCACCUCUUACGUUUUCCUUACUGGUUCAGUUUUUCUUGCUGGCACUUGUUGGAAUUACUGCAAAUCAAGGAUUUUAUAUCUUGGGAUUGUACUAUGCAUCCCCAACGUUGGCAUCUGCUAUGCAAAACUCUGUGCCUGCAAUAACCUUUGUCAUGGCUUCUGCUUUAAGAAUAGAAAAGGUUAACAUUUUGAGGAGGGAUGGAUUGGCCAAAAUUCUUGGAACAAUUGCUAGCGUAGGAGGUGCAACUAUCAUUACCCUGUAUAAAGGUCCUCCUCUGCUACACAACCAGCAGUCGCAGCAACCACUAGAAGUUCAUUCCCUAGCCAAUAAAACGCAGAACUAUACGUGGGGUUGUAUAUACAUUCUUGGACACUGCUUAUCAUGGGCUGGUUGGAUGGUGUUUCAGGCUCCAGUGGUGAAGAAGUAUCCAGCUAAACUAUCACUGACAUCAUUUACAUGCUUUUUUGGACUGAUUCAGUUCUUAAUAAUAGCAGCAUUUUUCGAAAGGGAUCCCAAGAAUUGGCAAAUCAAGUCAGGGGAGGAGAUAUUUACAAUCUUAUAUGCUGGUAUUGUUGCCUCUGGAGUAGUCAUUUCUCUCCAAACAUGGUGCAUUUACAAAGGAGGUCCAGUUUUCGUUGCCAUCUUCCAACCAGUGCAAACCGUUUUAGUUGCUAUUAUGGCAUUUAUAGUUCUUGGUGAUCAGUUAUACUCUGGAGGAAUCAUGGGGGCAAUUCUGAUUGUGAUCGGUCUCUACACAGUUCUAUGGGGUAAAAGUGAGGAAACCAGGGUGGAAAACAGUUUAAAGGAAGAUACGCUCACAAAGCAUCUUCUUGAUCCUGUGGAGAGACAAGCUGAAGAAUGUGCUGUUGGAGUGACAGACAUCCCUUGAUCAAACAAAAGAAUUCAAAUGGAUGACUUGCUGUCUCAUGUCUGAGAUACUCUCAGUACAUACAUGUAAAUCUAAACAUCAGUGUCUUUCCAUUAUUCUUUUGAUUAAAAUAUAAUCCAAAUGAGGAGCCCAUUUCUAAGUUGUUUUAGGCUUUUUACUGUUUCAAAUGGUCAGUUGGCAUGACCAGGUUGUCAGAUUUUGAGGCUUCAUGUAUUGUACUUCUACAACUGUGCACCACUAAUGAUUAUUUCUAUAAUUACAUUCUUAAUUUU